AAUACAUUUCAUUCUACUGUCAGUUUAAAGAAAUAAUACAACUGUUAUGAGUGUGAAAACACAGUUACAGCUGUCUGUAAUUCACAUAAUAUGUUUCUGUGUUUCCUACAGAUUUUCAACAGAUGGUUCUGGUUAAAUAAGAAGCUUCAGAAGAACAGAGUGCUCGUGUCAACCACCAGCACCUAGAUUUUCUCCACAAAAAAGAGGAACAGGAGACACUCUGGUCUAGUAUGGAGGGAGAGCAUCUCCAUUUGAAUAAGGAGACUGAUGCUGCCAGCUUUCAAUCCUUUAGCCAAAAAACAUUUAAGCAAACACACGAGAGUCCAGACAAAGCAGAAACAUUUUGCCUGUGAGCACUGUGGACAAAGGUUUCACCAAAAGACUAAUUUAACCACACACAUGAGAGUCCACACAGGAGAGAAGCCUUUUGCUUGUGAGCUCUGUGGUAAUAGAUUUAGUGAAAAGGGAAGUUUAAACACACACAUGAGAGUCCACACUGGAGAGAAGCCUUUUGUCUGUGAGCUCUGUGGAUAAAGAUUUAGCCAAAAGACAAACUUAACCACACACAUGAAAGUCCACACAGGAGAUAAGCCCUUUCCUUGUGAGCUCUGUGGAACGAGAUUUAGCCGAAAGACAGACUUAACCACACACAUGAAAGUCCACACAGGAGAGAAGCCUUUUGCUUGUGAGCUCUGUGGAAAGAGAUUUAGCCAAAAGCCACAUUUAAACAUUCACGUGAGAUUCCACACAGGACUGAAGCCCUUUCCUUGUGAGCUCUGUGGAAAGAAAUUUAGCUUAAAGUCAACUUUAAACAGUCACAUGAAAGUCCACACAGGAGAGAAGCCCUUUCCUUGUGAGCUCUGUGGAAAGAAAUUUAGCUUAAAGUCAACUUUAAACAGUCACAUGAGAGUCCACACAGGAGAGAAGCCUUUUGCGUGUGAGGUCUGCGGUAAUAGAUUUAGUGAAAAGGGAAGUUUAAACACACACAUGAGAGUCCACACUGGAGAGAAGCCCUUUCCUUGUGAGCUCUGUGUAAAAAGAUUUAGCCUAAAGACAAAUUUAAACAGACACAUGAGAGUCCACACAGGACUGAAGCCCUUUCCUUGUGAGCUCUGUGGAAAGAAAUUUAGCUUAAAGUCAACUUUAAACGGACACAUGAGAGUCCACACUGGAGAGAAGCCUUUCGCCUGUGAGCUCUGUGGUAAUAGAUUUAGUGAAAAGGGAAGUUUAAACACACACAUGAGAGUCCACACUGGAGAGAAGCCUUUUGUCUGUGAGCUCUGUGGAAAAAGAUUUAGCCGAAAGACAAACUUAACCACACACAUGAAAGUCCACACAGGAGAUAAGCCCUUUCCUUGUGAGCUCUGUGGAACGAGAUUUAGCCGAAAGACAGACUUAACCACACACAUGAAAGUCCACACAGGAGAGAAGCCUUUUGCUUGUGAGCUCUGUGGAAAAAGAUUUAGCCGAAAGACAAACUUAACCACACACAUGAAAGUCCACGCAGGACUGAAGCCCUUUCCUUGUGAGCUCUGUGGAACGAGAUUUAGCCAAAAGACACAUUUAAACCGUCACAUGAGCGUCCACACAGGACAGAAAUCUUUUGUCUGUGAGCUCUGUGGAACGAGAUUUAGCCGAAAGGCAUAUUUAAACAGUCACAUGAGCGUCCACACAGGAGAGAAGCCUUUUGCUUGUGAGCUCUGUGGAACGAGAUUUAGCCGAAAGCCACAUUUAAACAUUCACGUGAGAGUCCACACAGGACUGAAGCCCUUUCCUUGUGAGCUCUGUGGAAAGAAAUUUAGCUUAAAGUCAACUUUAAACAGUCACAUGAAAGUCCACACAGGAGAGAAGCCCUUUCCUUGUGAGCUCUGUGGAAAGAAAUUUAGCUUAAAGUCAACUUUAAACAGUCACAUGAAAGUCCACACAGGAGAGAAGCCCUUUCCUUGUGAGUUCUGUGGAACGAGAUUUAGCCGAAAGACACAUUUAAACAUUCACAUGAGCGUCCACACAGGACAGAAAUCUUUUAUCUGUGAGCUCUGUGGAACGAGAUUUAGCCGAAAGACACAUUUAAACAUUCACAUGAGAGUCCACACAGGACUGAAGCCCUUUCCUUGUGAGCUCUGUGGAAAGAAAUUUAGCUUGAAGUCAACUUUAAACAGUCACAUGAGAGUCCACACUGGAGAGAAGCCUUUUGCUUGUGAGCUCUGCGGUAAUAGAUUUAGUGAAAAGGGAAGUUUAAACACACACAUGAGAGUCCACACUGGAGAGAAGCCCUUUCCUUGUGAGCUCUGUGUAAAAAGAUUUAGCCGAAAGACAAAUUUAAACAUACACAUGAGAGUCCACACAGGACUGAAGCCCUUUCCUUGUGAGCUCUGUGGAAAGAAAUUUAGCUUAAAGUCAACUUUAAACGGACACAUGAGAGUCCACACUGGAGAGAAGCCUUUUGCUUGUGAGCUCUGCGGUAAUAGAUUUAGUGAAAAGGGAAGUUUAAACACACAUAUGAGAGUCCACACUGGAGAGAAGCCCUUUCCUUGUGAGCUUUGUGGAAAGACAUUUAGCUUAAAGUCAACUUUAAACAAACACAUGAGAGUCCACACAGGUUGGAAGCCCUUUGCCUGUGAGCUAUGUGGACAAAGAUUUAGCCAAAAAGGGUCCUUAGAUGAACACAUGAGAGUCCACACAGGACAGAAGCCCUUUCCUUGUGAGCUCUGUGGAACGAGAUUUAGCCGAAAGACAAAUUUAAACAGUCACAUGAGCCUCCACACAGGAGAGAAGCCUUUUGCUUGUGAGCUCUGUGUAAAAAGAUUUAGCCAAAAGACAAAUUUAAACAAACACAUGAGAGUCCACACUGGCUUUUCGCCUGUGAGUUCGGUGGAAAAGAUUUACCCAAAAGAUCAGUUUAAACGGUCACAAAAGAGUUCAUAAAGGACAGAAGCCUUUUGCUUUUGAGCUCUGUGGACGAAGAUUUAGCUGAAAGAAAACUUUAAAAAAUCCUCUAAGUAUCCACUAGGGCUGAACGAUCUAUUGCAGGGGUCUCCAACCUUUUUUGGCCCGUGAGCUACUUUUAACUAUAUGAAGCACAUUGGGCUACCGUUUUGUGUAUGAAAUGUGCUAUAUAAUAAACUUGACUUGAGAGAGAGUUCACAAUCAUGUUUUGUUACUAAAUGAGACACUCAGCUGAAACUGGGGGAAAUAUAUGAUGAAUCUAAAUCACAGGAGAUGUCCAGAGUUUUUAAAGCUUGUGUUCAUCAUGUUGUGGGGACCACAAAGAGGCUACACUCGCACCCAGUUCUUGGUACCACAGACGUAUAUAUUGACUUGGGACUGUUUGUAUGUAAAUAUUGUUGACUGCUUGGCCGCUUGAUCAGAACCAGAAACGUAUGUGUAACAGACCAUCUGGGUGUUCAAGGGGCUGUAUGUGGAGGGCCACACAGAGGCUACGCUCACACCAGAAUGCAUCUGUUUUAGUAGCUUUUUGAUAUGUUUUAUCAUGUUUUUACCAUGUGAUGUACUUUUUAUCUUGUUUUUAGAAUUUUUAGGGAACUUCUGUUCGUUUUGUCUUGUUAAGCACUUUGGUCAGCUUUUAUGCUGUUAUAAAGUGCUAUGUGAGAGCCAUUUUAACUGAAGGUGUAGUUAUUGGGUUUGACACUAGAUGGAGGCAAACCCACUGAUCUUUUGAACAAGUCACUGUCUCCACCUCUAUUUAAUCAUGGUGCAAAAUGGGCACAGGUGUGUUGGAUGGAGACAGGGCAAACAGUUUUGGACCGUGCUGAAGCAGGUUAGAUUAUGUUGGAGCUUACAGAAAUAAUUGAUUGACUAUGGGAACAAAUGUGUCCCCAAAUUCCACUACCUCCGCUCCGCUCCGACACGAACGCCGGAGCAAAAUCGGUCCCGUUGUAGUCAAUCAAAGCAAUUCCACUACUGCGGCUAUGCUCCGGCAGUGUGGCGCCGUGCGCCGCCCUCUGUUCCGGCGUCCGGCAAAAAUAGAAUCGAUCCUAUUUUCGCCGGACGCCGGAGCACCUCCGCAGUAAAUGGACAGAAAUCACAACCGCCAAACAGGAAAAGGAGCAAGCACAACUUCCGUUUUUCACAAUCAAUCGAUAAACAAAAGGCGUUUUUUGUUUCAUAUGCACAGGUUUAACAACUUUUAACAACUAUCAAUGGCGGCUGAAGUUUAAAUGCACAAAAGUAAGCCAUAAAUACAGUUUCUACUAUCAAAGUAGUCACACUUUGUUGAUCCAAACACUGCUGAUAUCUCAACACGAAUGAUGGGCAGAUUAAACAGUUCAUGCCGAUGCUUCUCCCGCACAACGGGUGUUUGGAUCUAACUUCCGCUUUAAUUGCUCGGACUGUAUCGCAAGAUCUCGAAAAAUCCCGCGCAUGCUUGUUUGCCCACCUCAGGUCUCCGCACCGGAGCGGAGCCGUUGUAGAGCGGGUACCAGUAAAAAUUGAGUUCGGAAGGCGGGGGCGGAGCGGAGGUAGUGGAAUUUGGGGGUGAAAUGGAGCUGUAAGAAAAUAAAAGAACAUUUUAUUUCACCCGACGCGCCAACUGGUCUGUCCUCUUCCAUCACCUGUGGUGGAUGGUAGUGAUGAUGAUGUGAAGCCUUUUGAACCAACAAAGCUUUACAAUCCAAUUGUAUUGAAAAAAGGUUCAAGGGUCGAUGCUUCAAAACUCUGUGAGGACAUCUGCUGGUAAAUGUUUGUAUUUCAUUGUAUUUUCAGCCAAUUCUACUGAAAAUGAAUGGUGUAUUGAACUUUAUGGACAAAUAAAGCAUUAAAAAGCUUUCUCAGGAUCAUAUAAUAAAAGUAUCUUGAAUUUGAACAUUUCAUUAAAUAUAAUAAAAUUGCUUUUCUUGGUGUGAACACUUGAAAUGAAAUGAUGUUUAUUUGGGACAGUGCAUGUUAAUGGACAUACAUGUAGGGACAACAGGAAUGUAAACAGAUAAUGUGACAUUAAAACACAUACUGACAUUUACCCUAACUGCUGGCUGCAGCUCGAGCAGAGGGGUGUAACGUGAGGAAAUAUGGGUUUUCUGUGCCAAAGGUUUCAUUUGCCCAGCUGGGUCAAGAGCUGGGGUCGCUCAGAACUUUCACCCACAGAUUGAGACCUUUGCAGACAUGAAGUCUGCAAGAGUCUGCUGGAAACCAUAACAUCUGCCACCUGCAGCUUCGUGCCAGAAGAUAUUGUUCUCAUGGAAGUAGUCAUAACAUAACAAGUCUUAAACUUCCUUUUCUUUAUUUUAAUGUUAAAGAAUAAUCAUUAUCAUUUUGCUCAUUAUAAAUGUGUUUUAAUCAAAUGAAUGAUUAUUAUGCUUUGGGUAAUCAUAACUAGAAUGAAUCCAUACUUAAUUAAAUUAUGUUUGAGGAUGUUUGGGGAUGACCUUCACACUCGCCCACACACAUCUGCAUUCACAGUAAACUCCAAAACACAUUUGCUCUGACGCACACGUUUUGCUUUGAGAAGAGAAAGGUUUUGGUAAGUUUCCAGUUCUUGAUUCAGUUCGUGCUUGACAACGAAGGAGGAAGGACUUGUUAACAAACGCCAUCGGGGAACGGGGCUGCGGCUCCUUUCUCCCCCCUCACGCUAUUCCUGCCAAGCCAGACAGGAAUAGCUGAAUUGCAACAACUAACGCGGACUCGUCUCGAGUCUUUUGAUUUCUGAGUAAACUAAACUUAAGAAAGCGCAUUUGCAAACGCUUUAUCAUCAACGUGUACCGAGGACAUCUCUGGACUGGGUAGCCCGCACGCCUACGUCUCCUCUGCCAGCCGAGGUGUCACCUGGAUGAAACAUCAUCCUCCUGUGGUACCCCGGAUCUAAAGGGGGUCCGAAUACGGUGAGGCAGUCCACGACAGAUAGCGUUUGAUGCAUCUUUUCUGAUAAGACCUAAGUUUAUCCAAACCAUCACUUUUCACUCAGACACCUGUUUCUUCCUGAAGCAAAAUCAAACGCACACACAUGCAUUCAUCUCACCUCAUUUUCAAUCUUCACACAUUCAGCACAAGGUCUAUUUGAGCAAGUUUAAAAUAUCAACUGUUAAAGAUUGUCCCACAAAGUUGCCAAUGUUGAUUGUUAU